AAAUUGGCCCGUUAAACAUCGAGUUCAAGUUUAGACUGUUUUUUACAAAAAAAACCACGUUGGCUCAGGUAAAUAUUUAUAUACAUGUAUUUGUGACGCGCACCUGCUCGAUAUCUUACGUUGGUGAUAUCGGUGUCCUAUCCAAGUUUGAAAAUCCCGAUUCUGAAUCAAACGCAGACGUGACGUUACUUUGGUAUCGAAUGGUCACAACAUAUGACAGUCGUUGGUUCGAGGGUAGGAUAUAGCCAUGGCAUUGUGAUUCUCGUUUCGGACAUCGGUGUAUGUCAACGUAGGAUCAAUGAAGAUGAAUCCCAAAUCUUCUUGAUUGAGACCUGUCUAGUGAACAAAAUGAGGUUACGUGUUAGAAGCUGUUUCCGAGUGAGAGGUGUGUACCAGAUGACAGGCUACCUUCUCCUGUUCCUGUUUAUGUUGCUUACCCUACAGCUUCGGGACACCAUGUCCGACUGUACGAUCUUCAAUCUUCAAGGUACAGUCUUCUUCCGCCCUCGUCCUCACUUCUUCUGCAUCAAGUACAGUGGUAACCUUGGAGACCAAAUGUUUCAGUAUGCUUUCCUGCUGACACUGCGCAUACGCUACAGUGCAGAAAUUAUUCUUCCUGCUGAUAAUAUACUCACUCCAGCAUUUGAUAUUGUUCCACAAAAUGAAUUUAUUCUACAAUACUGUGACUGUUUUACCAAGAGAACUCAGCAAGAGACUAAGUAUGAUUUUGAUCCAUCUCUAUUAAAUGUGGACAUUAACUUUGAAGGCAACUACAAAAGCUCAAAGUAUUUUGAAAGCCAAGUUGAUGAAGUUCGUUCCAGUUUCCACCCUAAAAAGUGGAUCACGUCUAAAGUUCACCAAGAACUGGAUAAAGUAAGACUAAAACAUUCGGGUAAGAACUCCACUGUAGUUGGCAUUUAUCUAGGGCAUCCUGUAGAGAUAUUUGAUAAAGCCAGUGUGGAGAACUUCCUACAGAAAGCAAUGCAGCUAUACAGGGAUCAUUAUACCAGUGUGAUUUUCAUUUGUGUGAUAAAGCAAGGAGCGAAAACAAUAUGGAUGAAUUAUGAAUUUGUACGUCUAAAGGAUGUAUCGGUUUUAGUGGAGACUCGGGAGGAGGUUGUGCUUGGGCUGCUGGCGGGCGUUGAUCACUCUAUUGUGCUAAAUGAGUCCUUGGCCUGGUGGGGGGCUUGGUUGGCUCGUGGGAAGGUGGUCUACUACCAGGACAGCCCAGUCAGUACUGGCAGCACCCACUCCGACAACAUGAAGUACCCUCCCAACUGGGUCGCGUUAAGUUAACUCUCUAUUAUAAACCCCUACAGUUACCUUACCUGAACCAAAGGGCUCAGUAAGCUUAUGCCAUGGUGCAGCGGCUCUCAUCAACCUUGCCUUUCAAAUACUGUUACUUAUGAACAUCUGAAAGAAUUUGGACUGUUGGCAUGGAAAGGGGAGUGCCCAUAAGAGGAAAUGAGGGGUAAUCUUUAAAAGCACUACUCCUCGAUUACAAUUGAAGGCAUUUUGCCCUAUUUGUUUUAAUUUUCUGAUUUUUUGAUAUUUUAUUUAAAUUGACAAUAGUUUUUUGACUGUUUCAUUAAUUAGGGAAGUGUUGGUUAUGGUUGUAAUAACAUUUGUACAGUAUUUCUGUAAUUAGGCAGUGUUCCUCCCCCUAUAAGCGUCCGACUCCUUUUUUGGGAGGAAUUGAUACUAUAUAGACCCCCUCCCAGACCUGACCAGGCCCAAUGAUUAAGUUGUAUUUAUACAGAGUUAUGUCUGGUGAUCAUGGCUGCACUUCAAAGCUUCCACCACACUGGAUUGUUUUUACAUGUCCUUAUACUGAUAACAGUUCAAGGUAUAAAACCUCUUCUAUCAUAUCAUUUCAUCAUCCUAACAAGUGCCCUGAGCAUUAGUUAUGGAAAUUAUGGUUAUUUUGUUAUCCCGAGAACCAGAAAUGAUACUAGUUGAACAGUUUUAUACUCAGCACUUGAUACGUCACUUGCUAUCAUGUCCUUAAUUCAGAGAAACAGAUACAUUACUAGAUCAAAACCUAAAAACACUGAAGAUCUCGGUGGUUUCUUAGUCCGUGUCAUAUUUAUAUUACCUUCCCUCGUCUUUGUUGAUACCAUUGUUGUUAAUAUGUAAAUUGAAAUAAAGAUGUUUUGAAAACAGAGUGAUCAAAGUAAAACAUGAACUGAACUUCUACCAAACUGAUCCUUUUGACUUUGAUAAAGAAAGGUUUGACUGUAGAAAUUAACUUGUUUUUAACUUACUUGAUGUUGAUAUUCUUGAUCAUGGACAAUAUUUAUAUGGAGAGAACUAAUUUUUUACUUGUUGUAAAUAACUCAUCUUGAUCAUGGAAAUAUAUUUAUAUUUUAAUUGCUUGAUGAUUGACCAAUAUUUAUCAGGUGGUUUAUCAAACAAUUUUAGUAGGUAUGGGGAGGUAAAUGAAUUUGAUCAUUACAUACCGACUGUCAUUGUUUUGGUAACAUUGUAUAGUAAAUCUCACCCUAAUUGACAGGUGAUCUAUCAGAUAUAGUCCUCUAAAUCUGACCCUAACUGACAGGUGACCUAUCAGAUAUAUAGUCCUCUAAAUCUGACCCUAAUUGACAGGUGACCUAUCAGAUAUAUAGUCCUUUAAAUCUGACCCUAACUGACAGGUGACCUAUCAGAUAUAUAGUCCUCUAAAUCUGACCCUAACUGACAGGUGACCUAUCAGAUACAUAGUCCUCUAAAUCUGACCCUAACUGACAGGUGACCUAUCAGAUAUAUAGUCCUCUAAAUCUGACCCUAACUGACAGGUGACCUAUCAGAUAUAUAGUCCUCUAAAUCUGACCCUAAUUGACAGGUGACCUAUCAGAUAUAUAGUUCUCUAAAUCUGACCCUAAUUGACAGGUGACCUGUCAGAUAUAUAGUCCUCUAAAUCUUACCCUAAUUGACAGGUGAUCUAUCAGAUAUAUAGUCCUCUAAAUCUGACCCUGAUUGACAGGUGAUCUAUCAGAUAUAUAGUCCCCCUACAUCUGACCCUAAUUGACAGGUGAUCUAUCAGAUAUAGUCCUUUAAAUCUGACCCUAACUAACAAGUGACCUAUCAGAUAUAUAGUCCUCUAAAUCUGACCCUAAUUGACAGGUGAUCUAUCAGAUAUAGUCCUUUAAAUCUGACCCUAACUAACAAGUGACCUAUCAGAUAUAUAAUCCUCUAAAUCUGACCCUAACUGACAGGUGACCUAUCAGAUAUAUAGUCCUCUAAUUCUGACCCUAACUGACAUGUGAUCUAUCAGAUAUAGUCCUCUAAAUCUGACCCUAACUGACAGUUGACCUAUCAGAUAUAUAGUCCUCUAAAUCUGACCCUGACUGACAGGUGACCUAUCAGAUAUAUAGUCCUCUAAAUCUGACCCUAACUGACGGGUGACCUAUCAAAUGCUUUUGGCAGUGGUACUAGGACCUUAAGUGAUUUGGCAGAUGAAACAAACAUUAUAUCGAGGUUUUUGUGUACACAGAGUCUUAGAAUUCCAGCCAUUAAGUGUUUUAUUUGUUUACACCAUGUUUUAAAUAAUUGAUAUUUUGUAUGAUUUGUUAACAUAAACAUUGUACAUGUAUUUCUAUUAAACAUCCAUAGGAAAUAUAUGACUAUCAUAUGAACAUAUACAUUGUAUUACAUUCAUAGACAUACACAUUGUAUUACAUUCAUACAGACAUACAAUGUAUUACAUUCAUACAGACAUUCAAUGUAUUACAUUCAUACAGACAUACAUUGUAUAACCUUCAUACAGACAUACAUUGUAUUACAUUCAUACAGACAUAUUGUAUA